UAAGCAUCUCCACCACUACGAAGUGAGUUGAGGUUGUCCUGCUUAGGCGAGAAUGACCAUCCCGACGGCGGACUGGGAGAAGGUCGGUGAUAGGUUCUAUCGCAAGAUACAGCUGUAUACGGCCCUGUUCGAUCAGGACCUCGAGCUGGACAAUUAUAUCGUCACGGGAUGCUCAUAUGCAGGUGCCAUUGCUCUGCACCGCGACGAGACCAAGCUGCACUCCUUCCGAGGUCCGCAGGCGUCAAAGUCGAGUAUUGACAUUUACAGCUGCGCCGGCAAACUGAUCCGGCGCAUAAAUUGGGACAAGGGUUCCAUCAAAGGGCUGGGGUGGUCGGAGGAUGAAAGGCUCAUUGUCGUCACUGCAGACGGCACUGUCCGCUGUUAUUAUGACUUGCAAGGAGACUUCACCCAGUUCUCUCUGGGAAACGGUGCUGAGGAGUACGGCGUCACUUCCUGCAGGUUUUAUGGUACCGGGUUUGUGGCUUUACUGUCAAAUAACCAUCUAAUAUCUGUCGCCCAGUAUGAGGAGCCCCGCCCAAGGCUGCUUGCAACGCCCCCAGAGGGUGCGGUUCACUCAUGGACACUCAUUCCGCCAUCGUACACGCUUUCUCGAUCAGUGGAAGUCUUGCUGAACAUCGCCCAAACGAUACAUGUUGUAGAUUCAUCCGAGUCAGAAGAUAGGUUGCUAGAUAUUGGUCCCUUCACGCACAUUAGCGUAUCUCCAAAUGGCAGAUUCGUAGCAUUGUAUACAGAAACCGGAAAGGCAUUUGUCAUUACGAGUGACUUCCAGAACAGACUUAGUGAGCAUAACUCGAAGUCAAGAACGCCACCGAAGGAUGUCCAGUGGUGCGGGAACGAUGCAGUGGUCGUUGCUUGGGAAGAUGAGGUCCACGUCAUUGGCCCCAACGGUGCGGCAGUAAAAUAUUUCUACGACGGACGAGUUCAUCUUAUUGCAGACCAUGACGGAGUUCGCCUGAUCACCAACGAUGCCUGCGAUUUCUUACACAAAGUCCCUGAAGUGACCGACGAAGUAUUUAGAUUUGACACCGAAUCACCUGCAUCUAUACUUCUCGAUGCAGUCGAGCAACUCGAAAACCAGUCGCCGAAGGCUGACGACAAUAUUCAGCUAAUACGGCCUAAUUUGGUAGAAGCCGUCGACACUUGCGUCAAAGCAGCUGGGCACGAAUUCAGUAUAGCCUGGCAAAAACAACUUCUCAAGGCAGCGUCCUUUGGCAAGUCUGUCUUGGACAUUUAUAACAGCGAUGACUUUGUCGACAUGUGCGAGACGCUUCGAGUCCUGAAUGCGGUACGCUAUUACGAGAUCGGCUUGCCUUUAUCAUAUGAACAGUAUCUCCGUCUCACGCCAGAAAAACUUGUACGGCGCCUGGUCAAUCGUCAGGAGUAUAUGUUAGCUCUUCGCAUAUCAGUCUAUCUCCGUCUUCCUACAGAUCACAUCUACGUACAUUGGGCGUCGCAGAAGGUCCGUACAAGCUCCGAGGAUGAAGAUACUAUCUGCCAUCUCAUUGUCAAGAAACUCGCUGGGAAGAGAGGUAUCUCAUUUGAAGCAAUUGCACGCGCUGCCCACGAUGAAGGACGGGGACGGCUCGCCACAGAGCUACUCAAUCAUGAACCACGAGCUGGAAAACAAGUCCCUCUCCUUCUUGCCAUGGAGGAAGACGAGAUCGCUCUUGAUAAAGCUAUUGAGAGUGGCGAUUCUGAUCUCAUAUUCUUCGUCCUCCUGCAUCUCAAGGAGAAACUUCCUCUGGCCUCUUUCUUUCGCGUCAUAAAUACCCGGCCAGUAGCCACAGCGCUCAUUGAGUCCUCGGCUCAGUCCGAUGAUGCGGAAUUACUGAAGGAUCUAUACUACCAGGAUGACCGGCGCAUCGAUGGCGCGAACGUCUUUACUCGAGAAGCAUUGAGGCAGCCAGGGUCAAAAACAGCAACUGAUAAAUUGGUAUCGGCUUCAAAGCUGUUGUCCGACUCGAAAGAUACAAGUUUCGAACUAAAAGCCAUUCAGGAAGCGAGUGCCUUGCUCCGCACACAGGAGGCCUUUGAUCGAGAUUCGAUGGAGACGUUUACGGGUCUGAGCGUUAAUGAAACUAUGUUCAAGCUAAUUAGGUUGGGGUAUGCGAAUCGAGCUAAAAAGAUACAGAGUGACUUUAAGGUUCCAGAGAAAACCGCAUGGUGGAUUAGACUACGAGCUCUUGUCUCAAAGCGUGAUUGGAACGAACUCGAAGAGUGGUCCAAAACCCGCAAAUCCCCAAUUGGAUGGGAGCCCUUUUUUAGUCUUAUUCUGUCAGCCGGCAAUCCUAAACUUGCCAGUGUCUUUAUUCCUAAAGCUGCACCUUCGCUACAACCCGGCGACACAGUAGGCAUGUAUGAAAAAUGUGGAAUGCGCAUUAAGGCUGCCGAAGAAGCGGUUAAGGUAAAAGACAUAGAGUCGCUAGAUAGGUUAAGGAGUGCAGCAGGUGUAGGAACUGUUGAAGAGAGAGAAAUCAACAGAUUAAAAUCAGAAUUAAAGAGUUAAUAAAGUCUAUUCUUUACUAUUGUCUUAUUGUUGUAAGAAAUCACUAGGCCUUAUUACGUAGCUUAUUAGACUUAGACUUAGAGAAUAUAUCUAGG